CCGGUGGUUGGUGGUCCAGACCCGCCAAUUGGAAGACUAAUACGGCCAUUGUUGGUGCUGGAAUGUUUGUGAUCGUCGGGAUUUUGUGGAAAAUUUCGGCCGAACGUGAGUGGUCAAAGCAAUUUACAGACGGAGAGUAUAAGGACUUGAAAUUUGACGAAAAUGGGGAUGAGAUCAAGAAGUAG